AUGCGUUCUCUUCACGCGAUUUCUCGUCACUUCUCUUCGCUGCAGAAACUGAAACCGAAUCCAAGUCUGCAUUCGAUUCGAAAGCAAUUCGAAUCCAUCGGAGAGGGAAGCGUCGAGUUGUCACGUGACAAAGACUCCGCCCUCAUCCGCCUCCGCAACCCGCGCGCCCGCAACGGUCUCUCCGGCCGAAUGAUGGCUCAGUUGUGGGAAGUGUUGGAAGAGUUGCGGCUCUGGCCUCAGGGCAAAUCAGUGGUUCUCUGCGGCGCCGACGGCUUCUUCUGCUCGGGCGGCGACUUGACGACCGUUCGCCGCAUCGCCGACUCCGACAACGGCCGCAAGAUGUCGCUCCUGAUGCAGGACAACCUCGCGCGCCUCCAAACGCUGCCAAUGGUUUCGGUGGCUGUGAUCGAGGGAAUGGCGAUCGGGGGCGGCGCCGAAGUGGCCACCGCCGCCGACUUCCGCCUCAUGAGCGCGAGCGCGCGCAUCGGCUUCGUGCACAUCCGCCUCGGCAUCACCAGCGCGUGGGGCGGAGGUUCGCGUCUCUCGCAAUUGGUCGGUCCGCAGAAGGCGUUGCACAUGAUGUUGAGUGGGCGGCGACUGGACGCCGAGGAGGCGUUGCGAUUGGGUCUCGUCGAUGACGUCAUCGCUGCUGAAGCGGACGCCGUGGCGGAAGGGCGCGCGUGGAUCCACCGGUUGUUGGCCGCGCGCUCUCACGAGACGAUUCAAGCGGUGAAAGAGAUCGUGAACUGCGCGCGAUUCCUGCCGUUGGAGUUGUCAUUAAGAGAGGAGCUGGACGUGAGUUGCGGCGUUUGGGGCGCGAGUGAACACCAGAGGGCGUUGGCGGCGAACAUCAAACACAAGUAA